CAUAUCUUUGCUACAUAGGGAUCAUUAUUGCUCAAACACCUGGUAAAUUUAUUGCAAAGGUAUACGUGUUACGGUUAUACGUACGGUUGUACGUACAUAUAUGUACAUACCUGUGUUUGCCCAUUCCAGUGGAAUGAUUCCACAUCAUAUCAAACGCUGAUCAUUAAACGUUUGCUUGCCAGGGAGUGAUGCAAACUUGAUGAAGAUUGUCCCUAUUCUAGAAAGUAAAUAUGCAUUUGUUUGUGUUAUUGAAAGUACAAAUAGUUACAUAAAUACAGAAAUACAUACUUGCAUUUUCCGGACGGGAUUAAAUAAAUUUUGCCUUUCAUCUUCGAAAGAUUGGGGGAAAAUUACAUUCUGAGCUAUUCACAAAUACUUACACAGUAGAUAUUUUAUCUCAAAAUAUGGAUACACAAGAAUCGAUACAAUACCAAACAGUUGACGCAUUGGAAAAUGAUCUGGUGCUGGGAAGGAUUUUAAAGUAUUUGAAAAUCCAAGAUGUUGCAAUUUGUCGAACAAUUAAUCGCCAUUGGUGCUCCGUAGCGACGCCCUUGUUUAAAAGAAUGGUUUCCCAAGUAACUAUUAAUUUCUCGUCACCUCACAAGGUUCAAUCCAACAUUAAUAAAUACUGCGACUACUUGUCGACCAGUGGACCUGAACUCUCUGGUACAAAUCAUGACCCAACUUCCAAACCUGAAAAAGUUAGAUAUUCUCGAGCUACACGUCAGCGCUGCGACUUUUCCAAACUUCACCACGGGAAUUAAGACGAUCUGGAUUAAGGAGUGUCACGCGGUUGAGGAACGAGAGGAAAAGUUUUUCAUACAUUUAUUUCGCGUGUGUCCCAACCUAACAGAGGUCAUGGCCGGGUCAAGUUAUUCCUCAUUUCUGAACGGACUCGUCGCCGCAGAUCGGGCAAGAAAUUUGAGUCAUAUAAGUCUUGAACGAGUGGAUCCUGAUACUGUUGAAAUUUUACAUACGAACAAGGACCAAUUUCACUUGAGGUGUCUGAAAAUUGGAAAACUUCAACCAGUCGGAAUGGAAAACGGGCUGCAUAGAUUCCUAAACGCCCAAGCAAAUACACUCGAAACUUUCGUAAUUUGCGAAAUUUCGGACGUCUGGGCCGGAAAGGUUAUCAUGCUUCCUGAACGGAUGCCAAAUUUAAAAUUACUACGGCUUGGUCUAAAGCAGUCGGAUAGUUGGGAAAGGGAGAUUUCAUUGGCUCCUUUCAAUAUUCCCAGACAAUUUCCCGUCUUGCAAAAACUUUUGAUUUCUGGAUGUGCGAAAAAUUUCAAUUUCCCGGCAUUCUUGCUGGAUAAUUGGGACCAGCAAUCGCUCUCUGUGUGGGGAUUGGAACUUCCGGCGGGAGGAUUGUCGCCCCACCAUGUUCAAAAAUUAGCCCACCUUUUCCCCAAUUUAAAAGAUUUAUCGGUCGGAUAUCAGUCUGGCUAUGUAUUGAAGAAGAUGUGGACUAGUUUUCUUGGUUUGGAAUCCUGCACAUUGUCCGUCGGUUUAGAUAAAAAAACUUGUAAUAUUGACACCAAAGGAUUUCUGCAAUUGGACGAAAUCUUGACUGGGUUUAGUAAAAAAGAAAGUAAACUGAUCAAAAAUACGGGUGUGGAUAAUCCUCAAAUUGGCGAACCUCGGUUUGGAUCCAUCACUAAUUUGAAACAUUUACGGGAAUUGACCAUACAUAAAGGUCCGUUCCGGGAUCGGCCGAAAGGAUGGAGACUUAAUAACGAUAGUGUAACAGAUAUUGGGGUUUUCUACGCCUUGCAAAAAUUGGAAUCUUUAAAAUAUCUGGUGAUCAAGGGGCACAAGAUAUCUCGAAAUUCAACUAUUGAAUUGUGUCGUGUUCGAGAGUUACACAAAUACAACAAUUCUUCUGAUUGGUAUUUCAAGCUGACGAGCCACCCGAGGUCGAGAUAUGACUCGACACACCCCAUGUACACACAUGGAGGACGAUGAGAUAUAGGAAUGAGCUUUUUUUAACCUCUUUCGCAAUAUGGAUCUUUACAAAAUUCCUUUAUUUAUCAUAAAAUUAUUGAGAACUGAUUAACCUAGUGAUAACAUUAUUUACUUCGUUAAAAUUCUGCUACGUACCGGUAUUGAUUGGGUAAUAAAUUCGUACCGGAUUGGUAGUGGUUUGUU